GGGUCAAGUAGCAUUCCAAAAACGCUUCUUAACGCGUAUGUAAUGUACCUAAAAGAGUUGUGAUGAAAAUUAAAAAAAAAAAAAAAAAAAAAGAGCAAAAUAAUGCAAAGCAAAACAAAUGAUAAGAGGAGAGAACAAACAAGGAGGUAGGAUCGAAACCGAUGCAUUUUCACAGAAAGUGUUCAAAACGCAGGUUUCUUCUCCGUGCACGUUUUCAUUAUUUCCAACCUUCAACGGAUUUUUUUCCCAUUUAUUUUAAAAAGAAAAAAAAAAAGGAUUAAUAUAACCACCAAAGGGGAGAAGAAAGGGGAAUCUCGAAUGGGGCAACGAGAUGAGGAGUGACGCGUUAAACGGAAGGGAGAGAAGUUGUAGGGGCAGGGGUUCUAAAUUAUGUAGAUGCGCAACUUAGCGCGGUAGAAGUUAGCACAGUAAAAGUUAGCGAAAGGUUACAUCCGCAAAGCAGCACCUCCCGUCGAGAGGACCCCCCCCUAGCGUCCACUUGCAAAUGUGUCGCAUUCAUCAGGCGUUCUCUCUUUCUCCACCCGCUUGACGGCGAAGAGGACGCGCACAGCAGCACCCCCAGGGGCCCUUUCCCCAAGAGCAUUAAAAUGUGGGAAGAGUGGGACGAUGAGCAUUUUGUGAAGAUUUUUUUCGACUGGAAGAUAUUUGCCAAAUAUGCAAAGGACAAUGAAUUUAAGGAGCUAGAAGAAGGCAUAAAGAAAGAAAUUAGCAAUUCGAGGAGCUUCCACUUAAAUGAUGAAGACGUAGAGAAGGAGACGAAUGACAGCAUCCUGUUGAUACUACACUCAUUCAUUAUAGAAAAAAAGUAUACAGACGUUUCUGAUUACCUGGUUAAUAUAAUUUUAAGAUGGAAUUAUUAUACCAGCUUGAGGAGCGAAAAGGAGCUGGAUUCUAAUGGUGUAAAAAAUCGCCUAAAAGUGGAUGUAAAAAUUUACACCCUUCCAGAUGUGUAUAGAAAUUUUGAAGAAUAUUUUUAUUCGUACUUUCCAUUAUUCCUGAUCGAAACACAACAGUUAAUAAACAAUAAAAAGGAAAAUGAAAAUAUAAAAGAGUAUGACGUGACGUUGGUUAACCCCCCCAAGGAGAUUUACAAUUUUGAAUUCAGCAUGAACAUAGCCUAUGACAGCUUCGUGUAUGCAAACCUCUUUUAUGGUGACCUUAUUCUGCUCAGGUUUAUUCCCAAAAGGACUGCAAAAAGUGACGCGCAUAAUAUUUACACCCCUAUGUUCUUAUCCGCAAAAACGGAUGAAGAAGAGGUCAUAUCUUCUGAUUCGGAAGGUGACAAACUGGAGGCGGAUUCCUCUGCCUCGGGCUCCCAUUCGGAGGGUUCACUCAGUGGCGAGCAAGCGAAAGAGGCGGAACUCCCCGAAAAGGAGCAAAAAAAUGGGCAUAUAAACGAACAGGAAAACGAGCCCCAAAAUGAGCACAAAAAUUAUUCCGUCAAAUCAGGCGAAAAGAAAAACCAACCGAACGGUGGCACCAACUCGGGGAAAGACGAAACGAAUGACGACAUCUACAUGAUCAGGAAAUACUGCGUCCGCCAUUUGCUAGGCUACGUGGUUUCGAAAAAUAAGGAACAAAUUAAAGUAAAAUUUAAUUUAAAUUACAAAAAUUUUGAUAUCAUUGACAAAGUGAGGAAGGAUAUCAUUUACGAAAUUUUCGUGGCUGACAAAUUAGCCCACUACUUCGUGCGGGUGUCCAAGGUGACCAGUUUAAUUUCGACCCUUCGGCUGUUUAACUGCCUCUUCAAUUUUAGGAACUCCGCGUUGCUGAAUGAAAUUGUGGAGGUUGACCCGAGUGAGGAUGGCCACCCACGUGGGGAAGUUGACCCACGUGCAGAGGGCGUCGCUUGCAAGGGGGAGGUUAAGCAGGACGACAGCGCCAGCGAGCAGGGGGGCUUCGCCGCCCUUCAGGCGAAGAAGAGAAAAAAAGGGCACACAGAAGGUGGGCACACAGCUGGUGGGCGCACACCUGUUGGGCACACACCUGUUGGACUCGUUGACCAGGCUACCUUAGACCAAGUACCAAAUGGAGAGCAUCAGGAAAAACCUCCCGGAGAAGCCACCCCAGGUGAACCAUCAAAUGGGCAUCCAAAUGAAGCGGACGAUCUGGAGGAGACACUUAAGCAAAAAAUUAGGGACUAUUUGAUGAAGUUCAAAUGGUCAGGAGGAAAGGAAGAAGUCGCUGUGAAGGCGGAGGAGCCCACGUUUAAUGACGACACGUUUAAUGACGACACGUUUAAUGACGAUCAUGGUGAAAAGCGGAGCAGGAAAAGUAAGGUAAUAAAAAAUAUCCUAGCGAACGUCAAAGGGGAGAAGCCCUCGCUAGGCCAACACAUGGUCUUUCCGAACAACGAUGAGAGGAAGGAUAACAGUUCAGGAGGAAGGGGAUGCUCCCCCCCUGGGGCGCAGCAGUAUAGAGGCUUCCACUACAUACCAGAGGCGCUCAAAAAUAAAUUCCUAAACAUUUACAAUGAGUACCAAUUAAGGGCCAUAAACAACAGCAUAAUGAAUGACGGGAUUACGCUCAUUCAGGGGCCCCCCGGGACAGGAAAAACGACGACCAUUUUGGGAAUCAUCAGCGCGCUCAUUUUUUUUCAACAGGGUGAACUGAAUCGCAGUAGGAGGAGCCCCCUAAGUGGCAAUUCGUUACCUCCCCUUGAGGAGGGAGAGGAAGAACGGGGGAGGGGAAAGAAAAAGAGCCCGUACGUCUGGAUCAACUACGAUAAAAAAAACGACCACUGUUACUUCAACGACAACUGCUUCGACGCAAUGGAGUACGAAGACUUUUUUGACCACAUUGAAAAGAACGAAGAAGAAAAAAAUCAAAACGUCUUCCACGUUAGUAAGGGAAAUAAAAAUGAAAACAAUUAUGCGUAUGCAAUUCAUCUGAGCAUUAUGAAUGCGUCCAGCAGGACGUUGAAAAGUGAUGACAGCCAGGUGGAUGCAAACAACUCAGCUGAAGAGGACGUUCUUAAAAAUAAUGAAAACAGAAUAAAAAAUUUAAUUGGCUUAACGGAGUCCUUUUAUAAUUCCUAUGUGAAUAACGAUUGUAUGGCGAAGAAGGCGGACUCUCUGGAGGAAAGGAAUGCCAAUGAGAAGCUCAACUAUUCGUACUACGUCAGUGAUGCCAAUGUGUAUUCCUUUGCGGCCGGCACAUCGGGGGAAGGAUCACCCAAGGGGGGGAAAAACGAAUUAGUGAGCAAAAAUGCGCAUCUCAUUCCCGUUGGGGAAAAAAGAAAGUGGAAAAGGAAGAACCCCGCGGAAGAGACACAACAAGGAACCUUCAAAAAAGAAAAGAUAAACAAGCUAAACUUAAUUAAGAACAAAAGGAUACUGGUGUGCGCCCCAUCUAAUGCAGCCAUUGACGAAAUUCUGAGAAGGCUAAUAUCGCCAGGUAGCGGAAUUUUAGACGAAAAUGGGAAUUUUUUUAACCCUAUAGUGACGAGAAUAGGGAGAAACGUAAGCACAGACAUUUUAGAAUUUAGCCUGGAAUUUAAGGAACAGUUAUUUUUAUUUCUUAAUAAGAAGGAAGAAAAUAAAAUAAUAAAAAAGAAUUUAUUGAAAACGUCUACCAUUAUCUGUUCGACCCUUUCUGCCAGUUCGAACGCGUCCCUAGUUAACUACAUUGACACGUUCGAUGCAAUUAUAAUUGAUGAAGCAUCUCAGUCGGUCGAAUUGGACAUUUUGAUACCUCUGUCCUUUUCGUGUAAGAAGAUUAUUCUCGUAGGAGAUCCAAAGCAGCUGUCCGCGACGGUCUUUUCUCUUUUUGCAAAGCGGCGCAAGUAUGCCCGGUCCCUCUUCGAACGAUUGCAGAGGAAGCAUAAAAUGAACAAGUGCAAAUAUAACUUGCUGUCCAUUCAGUAUAGGAUGCACCCAGACAUUUCGCACUUCCCCAAUAAGUACUACUACAGGAAUAAAAUUACGGAUGCCCCUUAUUUUUUAUUUACCCUCUUUAAGGAGAUGAAGAUGAAUGAGUACCUCACAAAGUUGAGGAGUGACCCAGGAGGUCCACACAAUGGAGCAAUUAUCCAACGGGACCUUUUUCACAAAUUCGAUUUAUUCCACUUUAUGCAAAGUAACUUUGGAAAUUUAUUGCCCCCCAAUUUUCACGACAUACAUUUAUGCCAGAAAAACCAAGGGGCAAUCGACUGGUUUAUUAUCCCCUUCCUCAGACAUAGCGUGUUUUACGAUAUAUCCUUUUCGAAGCAAAGGAAAAUAAAAAACUCGUACAUUAACAUUGAAGAAAGCGAAGCUGUAUUGCAGUUCAUCGAAUUUUUGCACUUCAUCUUCACCACAGAGAAUGUGAACGAGUGGUACAAGCGAAUAGGCAUCAUCACCCCCUACGCCACGGAGAAGUUUUUUCUAAAGAAGGAGCUAAAAAUGUUCUUCACGAAAAAAGGCUACAAAAAUAAUAUUUCCAAUUUUAUUGACAUUGGCACGGUGGAUGGUUUUCAGGGCACGGAAAAGGACAUCAUCAUCUUUGUGUGCGUGCGCACGAAGGGUUCGCUCAUGAGGAAGAAAAAGAGGAAGAAGAAGAGGGAGAAGGAUAACGCUGCCGGGAGUGAUACCACAGACCAGGAGGAGAACAUACCAAACGUAAGCUCCGCCUCCUCCGGGGAGGACGCCGCAGAAGACCGCGCAGACGACGAAGUGGACGACUCGAACAUGUUUUUCUCAAGUUACAAACGACUUAACGUGGCGCUGACCCGAGCCAAGUACAAUCUGUUCAUCUUCGGAAACUGCAGCUUCUUAAAAAAAUGCGACGCCUGGGGGAAAAUUAUUAAGCACUACAAAAUGAGAAACAAAAUAAUCAAAAUAAGGUACAAGAAAUUCAAAACGAAGAUGAAAAUUUUGUCCGAAAAAGUGACGGAGGAAGACCUGUUCGAUGAGAAGGUACAAGUGAUUAACAAAAAGAUAGAAAAUUCUCUUUAUAAUAAAAAUAUAAUCGAUUACAAUUUCGUGCCAACUAGUGAGAAUGAAAAUCCCUCCUUCGAUUUGAAAAGCUUCCUUUACUCUGUUGGACUGAGCCAGGCGGAAGAGGACGGAGGGGGGGGAAACUGUGAAGGGCAAAGUGAAAUGAAUAUUGGGGAGAAUAAACAUCGGUUUGGGGACCCCUCGGCAAAGGCGGAUAAGAACUCGGAGGAGAGGGAAAUCUUGAGCUUUUUCAAGCAGCUGUACGAUGACGAUUUGGGGAUGGCCGACGAGUUUGACUUUGGGCGGGACCAGCUGGGGGGGGCGGACGCCCCUGCGGCGGGGCCACUAUCCGAGCCGCAAACGGAGCGGCCAACCGAGCGGUUAACCAAACCGCCAACCGAACUGCCAGCCGAACCGCUAACCAACUGCAAAGAUCACCCAAUGAAGGUCUCCCCACACGGGGGGAAGGCAACCCAGAUGAGCGACCACACGAGCGCCCCGGCAAAUGGUACCACCAGUGGCGUUAAAAAGGAACCCAUAGAACUAAUCGAAGUGAUAAAUCUUGAAGACGAUGAUGAUGAUGGUGGAAGCGCGGAACGAAUCGGUGUAAGCGCAAAUAAUGAGGACGUGAAAACACAAAAUUACAACCAGGAGGAAUUAAAACAAAGGGGCACUUCUUCACUGCCCUCCGCCGCGCUAACAAAAGAAGCUUCGUAUGGGGGGCUCCACACAGGUAUGACCAAAAGAGGCGACGAAACAGCUUCGCACAUUGAAGGGCAGCCUGGCUCAACCCUCCCGAUGAUGGAAAAUAAUGAAAAUUUGAAAAACAGCAAUUACUUCAUCGAUAUGCUGUACAACUACUGCAAGGCGAACAAAGAGCUCCUCUUCGUCGUGCAAAGCAUUCUGCCCAAUUUUUCGCGACAAAUUUUGUUUAAGCAGUAGGUGUAACGGGGUGGAAGCUUCGGCCCGGGGUCAGUUUCGCGCGUGUGCAAAAUGAAUGGUCAUAUGCAGGUGGUUGUUUCUUUCGUUGGGGCGGAAGCAGUCAUUCCCCCCGCAGAGCUGCCCAUAAUGUUUGUGCCAUUUGGAAAACACCCUCGCGCGAGUGGCCAUUCAUUGGCCGCUCAUUGGCCAAUGACUCCCCGUUUGCGAAUUACCUCCUGCACACAUUUGUUUUUCCUUUCUUUUUUGUCAACUCGUCCAAGGAGACUCUUUUGCAAAUCCCUUGACACACCUCCCAAUGUGGGG